CCGGGACCUGGGGCUUCCUCCCUACCCAUCCCUGGCCUCUGGCCCGGGACCGAAGCCACUUGAGCCAGCGGAGAAAAUCGUCACCUUGUCUUCAUUGCCUUUAGGGCUGCUGAGAAGGCUAACCGAAGUGGAAGAACCAUUGACUCCUUAGAGACAGGGCUGAGAAACUAAAGGUCAAGGGCAGCCCAAGUGCCCAAUUUCUCUCUCUCUUCACAAAGCAACGCCAGCUAUAGAGAUGAGAAAUUCUGAAGAACAGCCAAGUGGAGGAACUACGGUAUUGCAACGCCUGCUUUAAGAGCAGCUUUGCUAUGGCAAUCCUAGUGAGAAUCGUAAUCUGCUUGCCAUCCACCAGCAGGCCACAGGGAAUAGCCCCCCAUUCUCCGCUGGCAGUGGGAACCCCGGCCCUCAGACCGACGUUUUGAGUCCCCAGGAUCACCACCAGCAGCUCGUGGCACACCCUGCUCGACAAGAACCCCAGGGCCAGGAAAUCCAGUCAGAAAACAUCGUCAUGGAGAAGCAGCUGUCCCCUCGUAUGCAGAAUAAUGAGGAACUGCCGACCUAUGAAGAAGCCAAGGUCCAGUCACAAUACUUCCGGGGCCAACAGCAUGCUAGUGUUGGCGCUGCCUUCUAUGUCACAGGAGUCACUAACCAGAAGAUGAGAACCGAGGGACGCCCAUCAGUGCAGCGACUCAAUCCUGGGAAGAUGCACCAAGAUGAAGGACUUAGAGACCUUAAGCAAGGGCAUGUCCGAUCCCUGAGUGAAAGACUAAUGCAGAUGUCACUGGCUACCAGUGGAGUGAAAGCCCACCCACCUGUAACCAGUGCUCCCCUCUCCCCACCACAACCCAGUGACCUCUACAAGAAUCCCACCAGUUCCAGUGACUUCUACAAGGCUCAAGGGCCACCUCCCAGCCAACAUAGUCUGAAGGGCAUGGAACAACGAGGCCCCCCACCAGAAUACCCUUUCAAGGGCAUACCAUCCCAGUCUGUAGUGUGCAAGCCCCAAGAGCCAGGGCUCUUCUAUAGCGAGCAUCGCCUGAACCAGCCAGGGAGAACAGAGGGGCAACUGAUGAGAUAUCAGCACCCCCCUGAGUAUGGCGCAGCCAGGACAACGCAGGACAUCUCGCUGUCUUUGUCGGCAAGGAAUUCUCAGCCUCACAGCCCGACAUCUUCCUUGACGACCGGGAAUCAGUUGCUGCAGUCUCCACCAUCUACGAGACUGUCUUCUGCCCAACACGCUUUGGCCGCAAACCAAGGCGACCACUCUACACACCUGCCAAGGCAGCAGCAACACUUUCUUCCGAAUCAGAGUCACCAGGGGGACCACUACCGUCUCUCCCAGCCCGCCUUGCCUCCUCCAGCACCACAGCAGCAGCCGGGAGAAGCCUACUCAGCUAUGCUUCGGGCUCAGCCGUCUGCUUCUUAUCAGCCCUUGCCAGCUGACCCUUUCUCCAUCGUCUCGAGAGCCCAGCAGAUGGUUGAGAUCCUCUCUGACGAGAAUCGGAACUUGCGGCAGGAGUUGGAUGGAUGCUAUGAGAAGGUGGCCAGACUGCAGAAGGUGGAGACAGAAAUUCAGCGGGUCUCAGAGGCAUAUGAGAAUUUGGUGAAGUCAUCUUCUAAAGGAGAGAAUCUGGAGAAAGCCAUGAGGAACAAGCUGGAGGGUGAGAUUCGAAGGAUGCAUGACUUCAACAGAGAUCUGAGAGACCGUCUAGAGACUGCCAACAAGCAGCUGGCAGAAAAGGAGUACGAAGGCUCAGAGGACACCAGGAAAACCAUCUCUCAGCUCUUUGCCAAAAAUAAAGAAAGCCAGCGGGAGAAAGAGAAGCUUGAAGCAGAGCUGGCUACUGCUCGCUCUACCAAUGAAGACCAAAGGCGACACAUUGAAAUCCGAGACCAGGCAUUGAGCAAUGCCCAGGCGAAGGUGGUGAAGCUGGAAGAAGAGCUGAAAAAGAAGCAAGUGUACGUCGAUAAGGUGGAGAAGAUGCAGCAGGCCCUAGUGCAGCUCCAGGCAGCCUGUGAGAAACGCGAGCAGCUGGAGCACCGACUCCGGACCCGUUUGGAGAGGGAACUGGAAUCCCUGAGAAUCCAGCAUCGCCAGGGCAACUCGCAGCCUGCCAAUGCUUCAGAAUACAAUGCUGCUGCACUGAUGGAGCUCCUUCGUGAAAAGGAGGAGAGAAUUCUUGCCCUGGAAGCAGAUAUGACAAAAUGGGAGCAGAAGUACUUGGAAGAGAAUGUGAUGAGACAUUCUGCUCUGGAUGCUGCUGCAACUGUGGCUGCGCAGAGAGACACAACGGUCAUUAGCCACUUUCCUAACACCAGCUAUGACACAGCCUUAGAGGCCCGCAUCCAGAAGGAAGAGGAAGAAAUCCUGAUGGCCAAUAAGCGUUGCAUGGACAUGGAAGGAAGGAUUAAGACGCUCCAUGCCCAGAUUAUUGAAAAGGAUGCUAUGAUCAAAGUGCUGCAGCAGCGCUCCAGGAAAGAGCCAAGUAAGACAGAGCAGCUGUCGUCCAUGAGGCCAGCAAAGUCUCUGAUGUCCAUCUCCAAUGCUGGAUCAGGCCUGCUUGCCCACUCCUCUACCCUGACUGGUACUCCCUUCAUGGAGGAGAAGCGAGAUGAUAAAAACUGGAAGGGGAGCCUAGGCAUUCUUCUGGGUGGAGACUAUCGUGCUGAGUCUGUCCCAUCCACACCUUCACCUGUGCCUCCUUCGACUCCCCUGCUCUCGGCUCACUCGAAGACAGGCAGUCGCGACUGCAGCACCCAAACAGAACGUGGAUCUGAACCAACCAAAACCGCAGCUGUUACUCCCAUCUCUGUUCCGGUUGCUGUUCCAGUUGCUGCUGCUGCCGCCCCUGCUGCUGCCAUCACUGCAAGUGCUGCCACCAACACUGCCACAGCUGCCACCAACACCACUAUCAUGGUAGCUGCUGCUCCAGUUGCUGUUGCUGCUGCUGCUGCUCCAGCUGCUGCUGUUGCCACUGCCCCAUCUCCAGCAAAUGCUGCUGCUCUUGCUGCUGCUGCCUCUCCAGAUGCACCUGUUUCUCCAGCCGCUCCUGUCUCUCCGGCUGCUCCUGUCUCUCCAGCUGUUGCUGCUCAGAUUCCAGCUGCUUCAUCUCUUACUUCUGCUAAUGUUUCUCCCGCUCCUUCUGCUGCUACUGUCGCUACUGCAGCUACUGCAGCAGCAGCUGUUGCUGCUGCUGCUGCUACUGCUGUUCAGGUUGCUCCAGCUGCUUCGGCUCCGGUUCCAGCUCCCGCUCCGAUUCCGGCUCCAGCAACGCCUCAGGCUUCUGCUCCGACUCCGACUCAGGCAUCAACUCCAGCUCCGACUGCAGUUCCUACUCCAGCUCCGACUCCAACUCCAGCUUUGGUUCAGGCUGAGGGUCCUGCAAGUCCAGGUACCAGCUGUGGACCACGCCGAUUGUCCACACCAAAUCUGAUGUGCAACCCAGACAAGCCAGAUGGGCCUGUUUUCCACUCCAGCACUCUGGAAAGAAAAGCACCCAUUCAGAUCCUGAGUCAAGAACCUGAUGCAGAGAUGGUGGAAUAUCUCAUCUAAACAGCAUACUCAAGAGCUGAAGUUAUCAGCAAGAGUUCUUUUAAUCGUUUUUCCCUUUUGUUUGUUUAA